ACACACACGCUCAGAGGCAUGGAGCUGCAUUCGCCUUAACCGGGACAACACAAACACAACACUCAGAGGCAACAAGUCGCCCAAAAUGAUCUAAAGGACAAACCGCGCUUUACGCUGGAAUUCAGGAAACCAGGAAAUAACCAAAGCAGAUUAUUUUAUUUUCUUUCUUUUUUUAUUUAAAAAAAACGCGUACAAAGUAAAUGAUUUUCACUUAUAGGACUUAAUACCGGAUAAUGAAUGACAAUUUAACUCCCUUGUCACUUUUCUAAGCGGUGUGAACUGCGCUGCGUUCAACUGCUCUACCGUUUUGGCUGCAGUUUCUUGGUGAAGACUUGUCUUGGUGUUUUUUCCUUUGUUUGUUUUUAUAAAAACAAAGCCCAUUAUGGCCGAGCACGAAAGUUUGGAGUUUGGAAAGGCGGAUUUUGUUCUUCUAGACAAUGUGUCUUUGGAAGAGUUUCUGGCCAACCUUAAACUCAGGUUUGAAAAGGGUCGCAUCUACAGCUACAUCGGUGAGGUGGUGGUAUCAGUGAACCCUUACCGUGCCAUGAACAUCUAUGGACGGGACAUGGUGGAGCAGUAUAAGGGCCGGGAGCUGUACGAGCGGCCGCCCCAUCUCUUCGCCAUAGCAGACGCCGCAUACAAAGCCAUGAAGAGACGAAAUAAAGACACCUGUAUUGUUAUCUCAGGGGAGAGCGGUGCUGGAAAAACAGAAGCCAGUAAAUAUAUAAUGCAAUAUAUAGCUGCUAUUACAAAUCCUAGCCAAAGAGCAGAAGUGGAGAGAGUGAAAAACAUGCUGCUGAAAUCCAACUGUGUCCUGGAGGCUUUUGGAAAUGCCAAGACCAACCGCAACGAUAAUUCUAGUCGCUUCGGAAAAUACAUGGAUAUCAACUUUGACUUUAAAGGAGACCCCAUCGGUGGCCAUAUUAAUAAUUACCUGCUAGAGAAGUCUAGAGUGAUCUUCCAGCAAGAAGGAGAGAGAAGUUUCCACUCAUUCUACCAGCUUGUGAAAGGAGCUCCAGAGUCUCUGCUGAGAUCCCUGCACAUCCAGAAAGACCCUAUAGCUUAUAAUUACAUUAAAGUUGGAGGACACAUCAAGUCCUCCAUCAAUGACAGUGCGGAUUUCAAAGCUGUAGCAGAUGCUAUGAAGGUGAUAGGAUUCACCACAGACGAGAUCCAGACUGUCUACAAGAUCCUUGCUACCAUCCUGCACCUGGGCAACCUAAAAUUUGGCACAGAUGGUGAUGUGACUCUGAUUGAGAACUCGAAGUUAGUGGCAGUGAUUGCAGAUUUGCUAUCCACUAAAGAGGAGAACGUGGAGAAGGCACUGCUCUACCGCACGGUGUCAACUGGCCGUGAUGUCAUUGACAAGCAGCACACAGACAAAGAGGCCAGUUACGGUCGGGAUGCUCUGGCCAAGGCCAUUUAUGAGCGACUGUUCUGCUGGAUUGUGGGAAGAAUUAAUGACAUUAUCGAAGUGAAAAACUAUGAUGCUAGGAUCCAUGGAAAGAACACUGUGAUUGGUGUGUUGGACAUCUAUGGCUUUGAGAUCUUCCAGAACAACAGUUUCGAGCAGUUCUGCAUAAAUUACUGCAAUGAAAAACUCCAGCAGCUCUUCAUUCAGCUGGUGCUCAAGCAAGAGCAGGAGGAGUACCAACGAGAGGGGAUCCCCUGGAAACAUAUCGAUUACUUUAAUAAUCAGAUCAUCGUGGACCUAGUGGAGCAGCAGCAUAAGGGGAUCUUUGCUGUGCUGGACGAAGCAUGUAUGAACGUUGGGAAGGUGACUGAUGAGGUCUUCCUACAGGCGCUCAACAACAAACUGGCAAAGCACGCCCAUUACACCAGCCGCAAGCUCUCCCCCACUGACAAGAGCCUCGAGUUUGACCGAGACUUUCGCAUUCGCCACUAUGCAGGUGAUGUGGUCUACUCUGUGGUGGGCUUCAUUGACAAGAACAAGGACACCCUUUUCCAGGACUUCAAGAGGCUGUUGUACAACAGCUCGAACCCUGUUCUGAAGGUCAUGUGGCCAGAGGGAAAGUUGAGCAUCACCGAAGUCACCAAGCGUCCUCUCACAGCUGCCACACUCUUCAAGAACUCAAUGAUCUCACUGGUGGAGAACUUAGCCUCUAAGGAACCGUACUAUGUGCGCUGCAUCAAACCCAAUGACGUCAAGUCCCCACUGCUGUUCGAGUAUGAACGCUGUAAGCACCAGGUAGAAUACUUGGGCCUGCUGGAGAAUCUCCGUGUUCGGCGUGCUGGCUUUGCGAACCGUCAAACAUACCCACGCUUCUUACAGAGGUAUAAGAUGAUCUCUGAGUUCACGUGGCCGAACCAUGACCUGCCCUCGGAUCAGGAGGCAGUGAAACGUCUGCUGCAAGGGUGUGGCUUUGAGCAUGAUGUGGCUUAUGGCAAGACGAAGGUGUUCAUCCGCACACCACGUACCAUCUUCAGCCUGGAGGAGCAAAGAGCCCACAUGGUGCAGAGGAUCGUCCUCUUUCUGCAGAAGAUAUGGCGUGGCACUAUUGCUAGAAUGCGUUACCGUCGCAUGCGGGCUGGACUCAUUAUUCUGCGAGCGUACCAGCGUUACAAGGUCAAGUCCUAUAUCCGAGAGGUGCACCGGCGCUUCCAAAACGUACGCAGCAUGAAGGACCACGGCAAGCACGUGAAGUGGCCCACACCUCCCAAAGUACUGCGCAGGUUUGAGGAAGCGCUACGAAACAUCUACAACAGGUGGUGGGCCUGGACCAUCAUUAAAAACCUGUCUCCAGAGGAGAUGUUACAGGUCAGGGCUAAAGUGGCCACGCUGGAGUGCCUGAAGGGUCAGAGGGCAGAUCUCGGCCUGCAGAGAGCCUGGGAGGGCAAUUACCUGAAGCGGGAUAGUCCUGAGGCAGCAUCUUCCUUCACCUUGGUGUCCAGUGACCUGCAGAGGAAAGACAAGUUCAUGAGAGUCCUUUUCUCCUGCAACGUUCGCAAGAUCAAUCACUUCAAUAAGGCAGAGAACCGAGCAGUGCUAAUCACCGAUCGUCACCUCUACAAGAUGGACCCUCUGAAACAGUACAAGCCCAUGAAGAGCAUCCCUCUGUACAACGUGACGGGCAUGAGUGUGUCCCCAGGGAAGGACCAGCUAGUGGUCUUCCACACCAAGGACAACCGGGACCUGAUCGUGUGUCUACAGGGCAUGGUGCCAGCGGGCGAGAGCCGCAUCGGCGAGUUGGUUGGAACCCUGCUCAGCCAUUUCAAAAGUGAGAAGAGGAAGCUCCAGGUGAAUAUUGUAAGCCCCAUUCAGUGCAGUAUGAAUGGUCGGAAAUGUACCAUCGUCGUGGAGCCCAAGAUCAACCAAUCACAACCUGACUUCACCAAGAGCCGAUCAGGCUACAUACUCGCAGUGCCAGGCAACUAAACCACAGCCGCUGUCAUCGAGUCUGGAAUUUCAAAAUGUAAGCCAUACUCCAUUGGAUACAGACGGAACUUUCACUGUAAUCAAGCGUCUAGUGGUUAAACACAAUGUCCCUGAUUUUCACAUUUCUACUCAGUCUAAUCAUGAAACACAGGGUGAAUGAAAAUAAAAAUUCCUGAGUGCUUACAUACACUAAGCUUAAGAAGUGCAUUAGUAAGAUCGUUGAUGUCAUGGUAGAUUUAUUUAUUUGCACUUUCAGCCAAAUGAUGGGAAAAACACACAUGCCAUAUUUAAAAAGAACACAAAAUUACAAGCCUUAGGAAUAUGGUAAUAAGAAGUAAUAUUUUCAAUGCUGGAAAGUGUUUUUUUUUUUUUUGUUGUCGCUGUUCUAGUUUUUCUUGUUUAAAGAGAAUAUUUCUGGUUUUGAUAUAGCACUCAUUUGGGAUCUAGUGUGGCUAGAGUAUAGCUUUAUGUAUAUCACAGAUCAUAGUGGCCAUAUAGGAAAUAUUUCGACUUAUUCAGCGUAGGUUUUGUAGGAGGAUGUGUUGAGCAUAUCCAUAAACUUGCUGAGUGCUCAGAGAGGAGCAUAAAAAAAUCUCUCAUAACUUAAAUACUGUGUCAUGCAUAUUUUCAGUUAUGAAACGUGCAGAUGUUAUAUGUGGAUGUACAAGAGGAGAUAAUGAACCACAGUUUCUAUAAAUUGUAUAUUGUUUAUAUACAAAGUCACUUUGUGUAGGAACGUAAAGCAUUCUGCAAUUUUUGCUUUUGAUUUCCAAGGAGCUGUUUUUGUUUUUGUUUUGUUUUUGUUUUUCACGUUAUACAUUAUUAAAGAGUAGCUCUGUUCUAGACGACUGUCUUUAAACGGUUUAAUAGAUCGAAGGAAGCCGGAGUGUUCGUUGUUCAGUUUUGAACCUGCUCACACUUGAAAAUAUAAUGAUGAUCAAAGUUCUUCCUUGUGCAAUAGUAAUUCAAAGCAAACAUGUAGUGGGUUAGAUCUCACUUUUACUUCUCCAAAGAAAGACACUGUUUCAAAGAUCAGAAUAUUGCUGUUUGACAGCAAAGAACAUUGAUUUUUUUUUUGUUGUUGUUGUUGUUAGAAAAC